CUCUCGCUCGCUCCUUCGCUCUCUCUCUUGGAUUUCUAUUGCUUCUCUCUCCUUAACUCUAAGCACACAUGUUUUGGUGGCUAUAUAGAAGUCCUUACAGAGUUGAAAUUAGCUCCAAGCCAUGGCCAAUCAUUCUUUGGUUGCAGGGUGGACUAGGAGCAUCAGGUGUUGGUUUAGGGAAUUUUGAAGAGAUUGGGCCACUGGAUGUUAAUCUAAAGCCAAGAAAUUCAACAUGGCUAAGAAUGGCUGAUCUCCUGUUUGUGGAUAAUCCAGUUGGUACAGGAUUCAGUUUUGUGGAGGAAUCAAAUUUAUUUGUGAAAACUGAUGAAGAGGCAGCAACUGAUUUAACCACAUUGUUGAAGGAAAUUUUUAACAGAAAUGAGAGCCUGCAACAAAGUCCUCUUCAUAUAGUAGCAGAGUCUUAUGGAGGCAAGUUUGUAGUAACUCUUGGAUUAUCAGCUCUAAAAGCUAUAGGAGCAGGCAAAUUGAAGGCUAAACUAGGAGGAGUGAUAUUGGGUGAUACUUGGAUCUCCCCAGAAGAUUUUGUGCUUUCAUGGGGUCCUCUUCUUAAAGAUGUAUCAAGACUAGACAACAAUGGCCUUGAGAUGGCCAACAGUCUAGCGGAGAAGAUUAAGCAGCAAAUCCGCGACGGCCAGUAUGUUUCUGCAACAGAUACUUGGGCUGAACUUGAGGGAGUAAUCAGCAGAAGCAGCAACUCUGUGGAUUUCUACAAUUUUCUUUUAGAUUAUGGAAUGGACCCAGUUUCUCUAACAGCAAAAUUUUUUUGA